UUUAAAUCUCUUCCCAGUCUCUUUUAGAAGCCUGCGGAGAGAAAAAUCGAAACCGAGGUCCAGGGAGAAAGAGAGGAAGAUUCAUCAGAAUUGGCUAUUCUCUUCGCCAUGGACUCUCAUCACGCUUCUCUUGGUCGAAGAACGUUGGAAGAGAUUAGGCAAAAGAGAGCUGCUGAGAGAUUGAGCAAAACAUCUUCUGGGCCUGAUCUCACAAAAACUCCAAACCCUAAUGAUAAUAUAGGAAUAAAAAAAUCAGAAAGCGCAAAUCGACUCUCUGAGACAGAUGUUAGUGGUUUAGUUUCUCAGCUAAAAGAUCUGCAGAAAAAGAAUGCAGAUUUGGAGGAAAUCAACAAGACAUUAUCCAUGAAGGUUCAAACAAAAGAUGUUGAGAAUGAAUCUCUGCAGAAGCGCUUAAAUGAUUUGGAACAGAAUACUGUACCAUCUUUGAGAAAAGCACUUAAGGAUGUGGCCAUGGAAAAAGAUGCAGCAGUAGUUGCUAGGGAGGACCUUUCCGCCCAGCUUCGGACCCUUAAGAAACGUCUGAAGGAUGCAGAAGAAGAACAAUAUAGAGCUGAGGAAGAUGCUGCAGCUUUGAGAGCAGAGUUAAACUCGAUGCAGCAACAAGCAAUGAAUAGUAAUAUACUCAGUGGGAUGACAUCUGUUGGUAUUUCUCCUGAUCGUGUCCAAAGCUUGGAAAAGGAGUUGGCUAGUUUAAAGCUGAAUUUGCAGCAAGAGUCAUUAUUGAGGCAACAAGAACAACAACAAUUAGCAGAGGAGCAAGCUCGGGUUUCUACCCUUACAUCUGAGAAAUUGGAAUUGGAGGAGAAACUUGGAGCUUUAUCCAGAAUAGCCCCUGAAGUAUCAGAAAAAGUGGCUCUUAAGGCGUUUUCAAUGGAAGAAAAGGAGAAACUUGAGAAGCAGUUGCAUGAUAUGGCUGUAGCAGUUGAGAGAUUAGAGAGUAGUAGACAAAAACUUUUGAAGGAGAUUGAUUCCCAAUCUACGGAAAUAGAGAAGCUAUUUGAGGAAAAUUCUAAUAUCUCUUCUUCUUAUCAAGAGGCAAUAAGCGCAGCAAAACAGUGGGAGAAUCAGUUGAAGGACUGUCUCAGUCAAAAUGAAGAGCUUCGUGGAGUUCUCUUUAAGAUGAGAAUGGAACAGGCUAAUAUGCUUUCUUCAGGUGAUAGGGAGAUCCUGAAAAGCUCCACCGAACACAAAAGCAAUGGUAUAAAUGGGACUGGUUCACAGAUAUAUACAACUGAGGUCCUUUCCCUCAAGGGUGAGCUUGCAAAAGAGCAGAACAGAGCAGAUGCAUUGUCAGCAGAGGUCCUGCAGCUUUCAGCAAAACUCCAAGAAGCUACACAAGCAUAUAAUGGUCUUGCACGCCUCUAUAAACCAGUGCUGAGGAACAUUGAGAACAGUCUCAUCAAAAUGAAGCAAGAUGGCUCUGUGACCGUACUGUGAAAAUACAGCAAUGUUUCUGCAAUACUGUUGAUGUCUUUCUUUGACUAGUCGGUUGCAAUACUUUGACUUCUUACAUUUUUGGGGGAUUACAUGACGUUGACAAUAUUCAGAGAAUGCUUUCCAUAGGUUGGUUAUUUGUUAUACAAGGGUUGGGCCAGCAACCAUAAACAAAAUGUUGAUCUACUUGAGCAUUCAUUUACUAAUACAAAAUGUUACGUUGUUUA